AUGCGUCUCAUCAAGAAUAAGAUCGAGCAUAAUGGCUCAGGCACAGUUACCCUGUGCCCCGAUGAGCCCGAAGAUAUGUGGCACGCCUACAACUUGAUCCGGCCAAGUGACGUCCUCCGUGCCAGCGCAAUUCGCCGCAUCACAUCAACCCAAGAAACCGGCUCGACUUCCUCCGCACGCGUGCACCUUAGCCUCGAGAUUCGCGUCAAAAACUUGGAUUUCGACCCAAAAAGCUCGCAGCUCCAUGUAUCUGGACAAAUCAUGAACGAAACCGCUCACACUAAGAUUGGACAAUUCCAUACCCUCGACCUGGAGCUGAACCGUAACUUCACACUCGAAAAAGAGGUCGGCGCAAAUGGCGAGGGUGUCGGUUGGGAUAGUAUCGCUGUGGAGAUGCUGAAGGAUGCCGUGGACGAAGGCGGCAAGCGACGCGCCGAGGCUAUUGCUGUCGUUAUGCAGGAAGGACUGGCGCACAUCUGCUUUAUUGGACAAUUCCAGACAAUAAUGAAGCAGAAAGUAGAGAUGUCCGUGCCGCGAAAACGGCAGGGCGGCAGUGAUCAUGAUAAGGGGAUGAACAAGUUCUAUCGCGUGACACUAGAAACUCUCCUUCGGCAGAUGGACUUUAAUACCAGCAUAACGUCCGCUUCUAACAACGAAUCUGUACGACCAGUCUUACUCGCUUCACCUGGGUUUGUCGCUGCCGGUUUCCAGAAAUACAUUCAAUCUGAGGCUUCUACCACAAUGCCUGGUCUCAAGCGAUUACUCCCCAGCGUCGUGGUCGUUCACUCCGCCUCUGGCUACUUGAACUCCUUAUCAGAGGUUCUGCAAUCUCCCGCGGUCAAGAAUAUGUUAUCAGACACUAAGUAUGCGCGUGAGACAAGAUUGAUGGAUGAUUUUCUGGACCAGCUCCGGAAAGAGACCAACAAAGCGACCUAUGGCCCGCGUGAGGUAGAGUCUGCUGUGGACCAAGGCGCUGUCGGGCGCGGUGGCGGUAUUCUCAUUAUGUCCAAUCGCUUAUUCCGAUCCCAAGAUGUUGCUGAGCGGAAGCGAUGGGUGUCUCUCGUGGAUCGAGUACGAGAUGUCGAGGGCGGAGAAGUACGAAUUCUCAGUUCGGAUCAUGAGAGUGGGCGACGUCUCGAUGGACUUGGCGGCAUAGCAGCACUCUUGACAUUCCCUAUCAUCGAAGAUGACUUGGAUUCCGAGGAAGAAACUUGA